UAGUAAGCUACAAAGCGUAGUAAGGUAUUGAAUAUCAGAUUGUGGUAUCGCAGCUUAAAUUUAAGAAAUAUUUGUGAAGUUGAAGUUUUGAAACGAACAUUUUGAGAGCAUAUCACCAUGGCAGGUUUUGCCACAAAAUCGAUUCACAGUGGUCGCCAAAUAACAGAUAAUUAUGUUGUACAACCGUUAAUUAUGACUAGCACAUUUCUUCAAAAUGGACCAAAUGAUUUUGAGAAAUAUUGUUAUGGAAGAGAUGACAACCCGAACAGAUAUUAUCUGGAGAAUUGUUUAGCUGCCUUAGAAAAUGCCAAGUAUGCCCAAGUUUUCUCCUCUGGCACUGGAGCUACUACAGCUCUCAUGUCUCUAUUGAAAUCCGGAGAUCAUAUUGUAAGCGGCGAUAGUCUUUAUGGUGGGACUCACGAAUAUUUUAAAAAAUAUUUACCCGGUAUUAAUGUUGAAGUAACGGAAGUUGAUGCUCGUGACGAUUCUGCAAUAGAACGCGCUGUGUUACCUAAUACUAAGAUGAUAUGGCUCGAAAGCCCGACCAAUCCUUUAAUGAGAUUGACAGACAUCAAGGCCGUAUGUGACAAAGUCAAACGUUCUAAUCCAAAUGCAAUGAUCGUUGUCGAUAAUACGUUUUUAACGUGUUAUUACCAGAAACCUUUGGAGUUAGGAGCUGAUGCUACUAGUUACUCUGUAACAAAAUAUAUAAACGGCCAUUCAGAUGUUAUAAUGGGAGCUGUUGUUACCAAUAAUAAAGACAUUGCGGAUAAAUUAAAACUUGCUCAAAAAGCUAUGGGAAUCAUUCCUUCUCCGUUCGACUGCUCGCUUGUUUGUCGUAGUUUGAAAACUUUUGAAUUGCGAAUGCAACAACAUAUGAAAAAUGGUUUAUCGAUAGCAGCAUUUUUAGAAAAACAUCCUUUAGUUGACAAAGUUUUACAUCCAUAUAUGCCUUCACACCCACAGUAUGAAUUGUCAUUGAGGCAAACAACUGGCCACAGUGGAAUGAUCUCUAUUUAUAUAAAAGGAGAUUCUCAUAAAUUUUUAAAAGCUUUGAAAAUAUUUAGUUUAGCUGAAUCCUUAGGUGGGGUCGAAUCUUUGGCAAAAUUGCCUUAUCUAAUGAGCCCUCCGGAAAUACCAGCUGAAGAACUUGCACGUCUAAAAAUAAAUGAAAAACUAAUUCGUUUAUCUAUAGGAAUUGAAACUGAUUCAGAUUUAAUCAAAGACUUAGAACAAGCUCUGAUAGCUUCAAUGAAAUGAAAAAUAAUUAUUAUGCGUAACGGCAAAAGACUUAAUUCAUCCUGAUAAAAAGCUGUUUGGAAAAAAGAAGUUGAAAAUGUGUCAAGAGUGUCAAGAAAAUGUUGACAACUAUCACCAAAGUGUACAGAUUGUAAGGUCACUGUACCUAUUUUCUCUCGUGUUCGUAUAUUCGCUUAAUAUUUAAUACUAACGCUUUAUCCUCACUUGCUAACGCUUAUUUGGUAUUUUCGACUUUUGAUUGUUUGAGAAAUUUCUAAUUUUGACUUAAAAAAAGUACUGUAAUAGUUCUAUACAAUUUUUUUCAGGAAUCGAAAUAAGAAAUUUUGGAAAUUUAAGCACUUUCCUUAGCUUCAACGCGUAAUUUAUAAGAUUAACGGUUCACUUUUGCACAAAUUUUUUUUUAAUUGGUUGUGUUGAGCCGAACAUGUUAAACAUAACUCUAUGAUUUAAGUACUGGUAUCAAGUUUUGAACCUAUGUGAACAAUUUAUGUAAAGUUGAACGAAAAUAGGUACAGUGAAAAAUAAUACAACUCAUAUUUAUUUUGAAUCUUAUAUUCUUAAUUCAUGUUAUUUUUACGUAAAAGUAUACAGUUGAUUAAAAAUUUAAUGAUAAACUUGAAGAUCUGUUUGCUUCUCUCAUUCUCGUCAAAAAGGUCUAUUUUGCUUUCCUCAAUAAAAAUCAUUCAUUUAUUUGGACUUCCAUAAAAAUGGUUGAUUCUAUUCUUAACUACCUUCUUUAUA